AUGGCGUCCCAGCCGCCCGACGCAGCCACGCUCCAAAACUGGGAAGAUGCCUUCCAAUACCCCCUCCCUACCGUCCGCAAACUCGAAUCCCAACUCCGCACAACCCUCACCUCCAACCGCGACAAACUCCGCUCCCUCGUCGGCACCUCCUACCGCGACCUUCUAGGCACCGCUGAGCGCAUCAUCGAAAUGGAUUCGCAGCUCCAAAGCGCCGAAUAUCUCUUGUCUGAUAUCGGCAAGAAGUGCAACUCCCGCUCCAUAGAGAGGAUCGGAGAGAAUCAUGAACGGAUGAAAGUCUUACGGAAUUCUGGCGAAGAGGAGAGGUAUAGGAGGUUAGCGCAGACGAGAGUUCUGCAGGGGUGCGUCAAUGUUGCGGGGAGGAUUGUGAAGAGGAGGGGAGGGGAUGCGCUGCUGGCGGCGAAGGUAUUGGUGUUGGGGAGGUUGGCCUGCAAGAGUCUGGAGCCUUCGGAUGUGGUGGAUGGGUUGAAGAAGAGAUUGGGAGGGAUGAGGAAGAGGUUAAUGGGGUAUAUUGGGAGGAUUCUGGUGAGGACUGAUGUGGAACGAAUGGAGAUGGUGAGGACGCUAUGUGCGUAUAGCUUGAUAAGCAGCUCGAGUCCGAGGGAUGUGUUGAGGUAUUUCUUGCAGGUGCGGUUCGAGCAAUUGGAGCUCAAGGUUGAGAGUGCGGCGGAGGCUGGGAUAUCAGAGAUGUUGGAGCUGUACGGCCAAACGCUCGUGGACGCGAGGGAGGUGUUCCCGAGGCGGUUCGCAGAUGCGAGUUCGCAACUUUCGAAAGUGGCGCUGGUACGAGAUGAGAGUGUGAGGUCUACGAUUGAGCUCAAUCUGGACAUCUACGAGCAGUGGAUUUCGGACGAUGUACGGAACUUUUAUCCUUGGGUACGACACGACCAAUUGACGUCUGGUGAUGUUGGAGAGGCGUUGGCGUCGUGGACGAAGCAAGCGCAGGAGAUAUUACUAGAAGCAUUGCAGGACGCACUCCAGGCUCACUUUGACGCGGACGUGGUUCUCGACAUGCGGCAUAAGGUCCUGUCGACGUAUCUGACACUGAGCGGCAAGCUACGAAAUGGAGACCACGGUAAGAUGAUCAACAAGCUCCGGCUUUUAUUCUUGACAAGACUGGAAGAGCUUGUGGGCGACGCUGCUUCGUUACCUGAACGCAUAUUCGACAUUCCACAGGAGAAAGCUGGCGACGAAUCACCAAUCUUGUAUGCGCUGGCAGACAAUGGUCUGGAUCUUGAGGGCGGCGCACUCAGCUUUCGACAGACGGUGGUACGACGACAGUAUGGCAGGGACGCUUCCAUACUGCGAGUCACAACAGCUCUCGAUGACUGGACGCAACGACUGAACAAAUCCGCUGAAAUGAUCUCCUCCUUACGAACCACGAAAUGGAAAAAUGAUCUUGAUCUAGACCUUGACGACCUACCUGACGGAGCCUCACUUCACGACGUUCUCGGCAAACAAGAUCCGCAACACUUGGAGACAAAGCUGCGAGAGAGUGCCACUUCCGCUUUUGAGGCCUCAUACCGACAUGUUGAGAAGUCUCUCGACUCAAGUGAAGAUCCUCGCACACUCCUCCGUGUAGUGCGUGAAAUUGAUCAACGACGCCGAAAUCUUGGCGAGCAUCUGGAAGUCCAUACCUCGACCAAGGCUUCAGUAGAGUUUGUCGCUGCCCUACAUCGUCGCGUGGCAACGCACACCAGCGACGAUCCAAUAAAGCAAUUUUCGAAAAGGUUGCAGACUCGGUCGCAUGUUCCGGUCACGUUGUGGGAUGGAUCGCCGCCGUUGCCUUUGCAGCCUUCUGCAAAUGCAUAUCGUUUCCUGAGGGGUCUACACCAUGCAAUGUCCGAGGCUGGAAACGACAUUUGGAGUCCAGAUGCUGUGUCUAUCUUGAAGAUCCGCCUAGUCCAGGAGCUUGGCGGCCAAUUGAAGGUUGACGAGAUCUGCGAGGGGUUGGAGUCGUCCAUGAGUAAUGGUCAUGCUAAUGACGACGAUCAAGCUGAACCUACGGACAAUGCUGCAGCGAAGAGCGAAGAUUCUUCGAAGGAGCAGGUCAAGAACAAGCUCACGCAGAUGUUGUUCGACAUACUGUAUCUCCAGCGUGUUCUCCUGACGAGUAGUUCUCCUUCAACCAAGCUUGAGGCAACAGCGCAGGAGAUUAGGCAGCGUCUGGAGCUCGACGCCAGUGCAAAUGAGCGUCUGCGGAAGAGCGCCAACGAGUACUGGAAGAGGACGUAUCUUCUCUUCGGCCUCCUCGCCGUUGGGCAUGAACGUAGCUCGUCGUGA